GAUGACCUCAGUUUUUGACGGGUUAAUUGGGACACUGAAAAUUUUGACAUUAAAAUAAUUUACUGUCUGAAUGUAUGGAAAUGCUUGGUUAACAAAUUUACAGUAAAUAAUUAUUGAAAUAAUGGGUCAGUUGUUAUUAAGAUCAGCAAAGAGCAGUCAAAAAAAUGCAUCUCCAGAUACAGAAGACGGGAACCAGUACUUGUUUAAGGCAGUUCAAUCUGGUAAUGUUCACCAGUUAAAACGUUUUGUAGACUUGAAACCUGGACUUAAAAUUGAAGAUAUUAGAAAGGAAGGAAAAUCACUGCUACACACUGCCGUUAUUCAUCACCAGUUAGACUGUAUGCGAUAUAUUUUGGAAUUAGGCUUGGAUGCAAAUGUCCAGGAUAGCUUCAGGCGCUCAGCUUUAAUAGAACUUAUUGAAAAUAAAGCUAAGGAUAGAGUUUGCCUGGCAUCUCAUAAUCCCAGGUGCCUAGAGAUACAGCUUAUUCUAUUACUGAAAUUCAAGGCAGACAUAAAUGCAAUAAGUACUGUCGGAAGGACAGCCUUGCUGAAAUCUAUUAUUUACAGACAUCCACUUACUGAGCUAUUGCUACAACAUGGAGCUGACCCUAAUUUAGCAGACAAAGAUGGCCUGUUACCAAUUCAUGUUUGCGCCACAUAUUCUUGCCUUCAGUUACUAAAGCAGAUCUUGAAAUGCGGGGCUGACAUAAAUGGACAAGACAGUAAAGGAAGAACAGCCCUCUAUUUCUCAGUGCUAGCUGGACAUCAAGACAUAUUUAAUGAAUUGAUUUCUCAUCAAUGUGACAUCAAUAAAGGAUCCAAGUAUGGAUUCCCAUUACAAACUGCCGUAGUUAAGGGGCGGUUAGAAAUGGUUCAAGCUUUACUUGAUAAUGGUGCGGAUGUUCAGUCUAAAGUAUGUGAGUUUCGGCAGCCAUAUUCAAGGACCAGUGACUAUUUGUAUCUUGCCUUAAUCGCAGCUCAUACAAAAACAACCAUUCCAGCUAUGUCUACCGCGAAAGACAUAGAUAAAGCAAAACGAUCUUUACAGAUACUGUAUCUUAUUAUUCAAGCUGUAAGUUAUUCCGAAAACCUUGGUAGAAACGCGUUUGUGAAAACCAGACGCCAGCCAUUUGAGGAAGAGAAUCUACUUGCAUUGAAUAAAAUGAUAGCUCUUCUUCUUCGCAAAUUGGCAUUUGUUUACAAAAUGGGUAAAAAUUCCAAACCUGUCGAUGGUCUUCCGAAACUUGAUUCGGACAUUGAUACAAAUUCGUUACAGAAUAUCUGUAGAAUGAGGGUACGCCAGUUGAUGUCAAACUCUAAAACUAACAUUAUUUUUGCAGUCAAGAACUUGGAUUGUCCAACAUUUUUAAAAGACUUAAUAUUGUUAAAAGAUAUAUUGUUGUUGAAAGUUAUUGAAAGAAUGGGUCAGAUUCUAAUAAGCUUACAGAAAUACAUGUAUGCACUUCCAGAGACCAAAGAUGAUAACUUCAAUUUGUUUCAAGCUGUUGACUCAGGAAAUGUUCACGAAUUAAAAAGUAUUGUAGACUCCAACCCUGAACUUGAAAUCAAAGACGUCAGACGGAAUGGAAAAACAUUGCUUCAUGUCGCCGUUUUUCAUCACCACUUAGACUGUAUACAGUAUAUUUUGGAAUUAGGAAUGGAUGCCAAUGUUAAAGAUAAUAUGGGGAAUAUCCUUUUAAUGAAUAUUUUUGGAAAUAAACUUAAGGAUAGAGUUUGCUUGAAAUCUCACAACCCAAAGUGUCUUGAAUCACAGCUGACUUUAUUACUUAAGUACAAAAUGGACAUAAAUGCAAGAAGCGGUGUCUUAAACAGAACAGCCCUGCUGAAGUCUGUAUUAAAAAAACAUAGAAUUUCCAUACUAUUGCUGCAACAUGGAGCUGAUCCUAACAUAGCAGAUAAAGAUGGUCUUUUACCAAUUCAUGUUUGCGCCACUAGUUCCCGCCUUCACUUACUAAAGCUAAUCUUAAAGUGUGGGGCCGACAUUAAUAGCCAAGAUAAAACAGGAAGAACUGCCCUCUAUUUAUCAGUUAUGUCCGGGCAUCAAAACAUUUUUGAUGAACUAAUUUUUCGUAAAUGUGAUUUUAACAAAGGAUCGAGAUCCAGAUACCGAUACCCUUUGCAAGCUGCUGUAGCUAAGGGAAGAUUAGAAAUGGUUCAAAUUUUAUUGGAAAAAGGUGCAAGUGCUUCAAAAGUUAAUUAUUUACAACUAGCCUUAAAAGCAGCUCAUCAGAAAGCUACCACAGAAGAUUUAGACAAGGCAAAAAGAUCUUUCGAGAUACUUGAUCUUAUAAUUCAAGCUGUUUCGGAAAAAAUUGAUAGAAAUGUGAUUGUUAAAACAGAGUGCUGGCACUUUGAGGAUGAGAGUCUACUUUCAUUAAAAACACUCCUUCAGCGUAAAUUAGCAUUUCUUUAUAAAAUGAAUAAGAAUUCAGAGCCCAUUGAUGAAUUUCCACAGCUCAUUCAGGACAUUGAUACAAUUUCGCUAAAGAAUAUUUGUAGAAUGAAGGUACGCCAGUUGUUGUCAAAUUCCAGAAGUAACAUUAUUUUCACAGUAGAUCAGUUAAAGUACCCAAGAUUGUUGAAAGACUUGAUAUUGCUUAAGGAUUUAUAGCACUUAAGAUGCUGACAUUGUCAUUAUGCAUGAAUAUUAUUUACAAGUGUGUGUGUUGUGUGUGUAUUUGAGUUUAUUUAUACUCGCCACCGGUUGCCCAUAUGGGUGAGUCCUCCAGAAGAGUAUUAGUCAUUUUAUAUUUUGGAGGAUAGUGCAAGAUACAGAUACAGAAAGAUGCCCCAAUUCCAGAAGCUUCUCCUGGUUCUUUAAUGUGCCAAGUGUUUAAGCACUCAUACACAGGACCUCAAUUUAAAGUCUCAUCUGAAAGACUGAUUAGUAAUUUUAAUUGACCAGCCCGGGAAUCGAACCCACAAUGUUGAGAUUACAAGUUUCGUGCUCUAACCGAAUGAGCUAUGCAGGCUUGCUGGUUUAUCCAAUAUUGAUUAUAUUUAUUUAUGGUACAAGAAUGCAAUAUUGAAUAUAUUUAUUUUCAUAGAAUGUAAACAUGUUUUUAAUGUCAUAUUAUUGCAGUAUUUUUCUUCUUUCUAACAUUGAACAUAAAAUAAUACUGGUUCCAUUAUACACAAUUUAAAGGGACUCUUCCAAGUUUAUUUUACAUGAUGAGACCAAUUUUGUGUUUGGUGAGAUUUCUGUACUUUUUCAAGUACAUGUAGGAAUGGACCAUUUAGAACUAGUGUGCAAAAAUUAUGAUGAUUUCCACUUUCAAAUUUUUCAGAAAAAUGGUUUUCAUUAUGAAUUUUGACCCCCAAAAAAAGUUUAAACUUUUUACUCAGAUUGGGCUAAAUUGCACAAAAAAUCAAUUUUUAAUUUAUUUAUUCUAUUUUUCCCAUUCUACUUGGGUCUCAACCAUAUUUUCUCAUAACAAUUUUUUGUUUUAAACUGUUUGCUUUUAGAGGUGUUCAUUAUUGAGAAACAAUUUGAAUGAGGACAAGAGAGAAAGAGUUGGGGCCCGAAAUGUAAACACAAUUAUAGCUAGCACAAUUACAGUUAUGAUUUACUAUGACAUUGAUUAGAUUGUCAGAUACUUGUUAAAAUGAUAAAAGUGUCAUCACCACACAAUUACAUUAUAUGCUCUCACAAAAUGUCAGAUGUUUUAUAAAAAAACAAAACAUUAUUUUGUGUUGUUUUAUUUUUUCCUUAAAAUUUACUAGGUGAGAAUGACGAUUCAGUUUUAACUUUUAUAUAAGUGCAGUAUAUAUAAAUCUAUUGUGAUUAAUUAUAAUUGUAUGUUGUAACAGCUGUAUGUUUUAUGCAAACUUUUUCAGUACAAUUAUUUAUUAGGUAAAGAGAUCUAUAUCUUUACAUUUAUAUUAACCUAUACCAUGCAAAAAUGAUGUUAAAUACCUUAUAGUUAUAAUAAUUCAUAAUCGUUUGGGUGUUUAGAAUAUUACAAAAUGAAAUUGUAAAUGAUUUUUUUUUAUUUCAAUUAUAAAUCAAUUUGCAAGGGUUGUUCAAUUCAUAACAAUGAAUCUUAUAA